AUGAGAAAGUCUAUCAUUACGGCUGGAAGAAAAUUCGCAUCACCAUCAUCAUCACUCAGAGUGGCAACAACAAUUCAAUGCUCUCUCUUUCAUACAUCAAAUAGAUCCAACGCAUUCAGCUUUGUGGAUGAGGAUGUAAAAAUUCAAACAAUGUUCAAGCCCGAACACGCAAAGAAACUCACUGAUUGGGCCUAUGAUGGUGCCUGGGAUAAAAUUGCUGACUUUAAGAAGGAAUUGGAAGGAAAGAAAUCGUAUGGUAAUGAAGCUUUGGAAUGUGCCGAAUCCAAAGAUUACAAGAGACUCGUUUCUCUCAAACAAUACUUUGAUGCCAAUGAUUUAUUGGAAAUUGAUGAUGUUGCCAAAUUCAUUGUGGCUUUCGGAAAACUUGGUAGUGUGCCUGAUGCCGAAGUAGUCUACAAUUAUUACCUCGAAAAGAAGGCAGGAACUGAUAGAGAGGUUGUUUGUUUACGAAAUGCCAUGUUAUAUUCUUAUCUCCAAAAUGGAGAAGAAGAGAAGGCCCAAAACUUUUUUGUUAAUUAUCCUGUUUCACCAACAACUGUUACCUAUGAUUUACUGAUGAAGCAUUCCUGGAAGACCCACCCAACCAAAGUGUACGAUCAUAUCAAAACACUUACAGGUAUGGCUAACACAUCUCAAUAG